AUGCUGAUUGCCAAGUGCCUUCAUUGUAUUAUUUUCUUCUUUUUUCUCUCCCUAGUCCUCUUCCAAAUACUCCUGCUAGUAGGUCUCCUAAAUGCAAAGAGGUUUCAGUCUUUCCCUGAAUAUUGCCUUCAUGACAAAGACUACGAGGAACUGCUGAAGAUUGUCAAAGAUGGGCUAGAACCUGCAACUCAUCCAGCAAACGUGGUCAUUGUCGGUGCAGGAAUAAGCGGGCUUACAGCAGCAAAGUUGCUCCGAGAUGCUGGCCACAGGGUUACUGUUCUGGAAAUGAGCAAUCAGGUUGGUGGACGGAUCAGGACAUACCGACCAGAGGGGCAGGACUGGUAUGUGGAGCUGGGAGCCAUGCGCCUGCCAGGCAAGCACAGGCUCGUCCGUGAAUUCAUUAGGCAGUUUGACCUGAAGCUAAACCCAUUCAUCCAGACAGACGACAACACCUGGUACUUUGUGAACGGCACUCGGAUAAGAGCUGAGGAAGUUAAUAGAAACCCCAAGAUCCUAAACUAUACAGUGGAACCAUCAGAGAGAGGCAAGAGUGCCAGCCAGCUUUAUAGAGAAGCACUAAAUAAGGCUUUCAAGGAUUUCCAGACUGCAGACUGCAAGAAGUAUCUAGCUAAAUAUGACUCCUUCUCCACCAAGGAGUAUUUGAUUAAAGUAGGAAAUCUAAGCCGAGGAGCAGUUCAGAUGAUUGGUGACUUGUUGAACGAGGACUCUGGAUUUUAUCUCUCCUUCCUUGCCUCACUGUGGGAUUUCGAUAUCUUCUCUAGUGACAGUUUUGAUGAAAUCACAGGGGGAUUUGACCAACUGCCCAAAGCCUUCCAUGAAGCAUUGCCCAAUGUCAUUCAGUUCAAUUGCACAGUGGAGAAAAUCAUGACCAAGGGAAACAAAGUCCGUGUGUUUUACCGUGCUCCAGACACUCUGGCCCCAACCAUAGUAACUGCAGAUUACGUCCUUGUCACAUCCACUGCCAAAGCCACCAGGCACAUCCAGUUCCUGCCACCACUCUCUUCUGCAAAGACCCACGCCCUGCGCUCCAUCCACUAUGCAAGCUCCUCCAAAAUAGCCUUGGCUUGCACUGAGAAGUUCUGGCAGAAGGACGGCAUCCGAGGAGGGCAGUCUAUCACCGACCGCCCUUCCCGCUUUAUCUACUACCCCAGCCACAACUUCUCCAGUGGCUUGGGCGUGAUCCUGGCUUCCUACACCUGGAACGAUGAUGCUGAGUUUUUCCUGCCUCUCACAGAUGAGAAGUACCUGGAUGUGGUCCUCCAAGACCUGUCAGAUAUCCACCAAGUGAGCAAGGAGUACCUGCAGUACACCUGUGACCAGUAUGUGAUACAGAAGUGGCAGCUGGACAAACACUCCCUGGGGGCAUUUGCUGCCUUCACCCCUUACCAGUUUGUUGACUACUCUCAGGCUCUCUUCAAGCACGAGGGCAGGGUGCAUUUUGCAGGAGAACAUGCAGCUCAGCCACAUGCCUGGAUUGACACCGCCAUGAAAUCAGCUGUCAGGGCUGCGAGCAACAUCCAUCACGACAGCCGUGAAGCCCCAAUGCUGAACAAGGAGGGGGAGCGGGAGCAGCCGGGGAGUCUCUUGCAGAAGGAAGAUCUCUGA